AUGAAUUGUGAAUUAGCUUGCGCAGCUGAGAAUCAGUAAUAAUUCGAUAAUAAACGAUUGAAAGCAAACUUUUCGCAGACAAUUAAGGAACAAAGUUUUUAUAGCAUGAGAACCGCCUUAACCAGUUUGUUUUAUCGCGUGUCCUAGAUAUUUUAAUACUUUUCUUGCGUCAAAUGAUUCCUACUGUAAGAUACAAGUGUUCAUACAUUUACGAAUUAAACGCUGUACAAUUUUGAAAGACUAUCGGAAUGAUUUAACGCACAAAUCAAUCCGUUAUUUAUUGCUACGUUUGUGAGCGACGUACAUGUUCCGCUGUAACUGUAAUUGAAUAAAUAAUUAUUUAAAGCUUGCAGACUAGUUCCGACACUUUAUGGAAAAUAGCUAUAUCUAUGUAUAUCUUAGAAAUAUUUCUAAUUAUUGUAACAGUUGUCGUUAUAAUAUUCGAAGUUAAUACCAUCAGUGGAAUUGAUACAGUGAAGUCGAAAAUUACAGAAUUAAGCGGCGAUAUUUGCUAUUUGGAUUAUAAUUACGUUUUUAGGACUAUUUCCUUGUACAAAUCUCGUCGUAUCCUUUCAAACGUAACUCUCCUGCUUCUUUCUAACGACGCUUCCGCUAACGACCGUCGUCUGAAGCGGCACUUUGAUCUGUUUCUCCGCGACGAUAUUGUUGGAAGGCGCCUUAACGCUGCUGCUCUUAUUACUGCUGUGCCUCCUCCAGAACUCGGAAUGAUUGCUGCUGCAGUUGGUCGAGCCAGUGGUGUAAGUGCCAGUUUUCUCCGACGUUUUCUUCUUUUUCUUCCUGUGGGGACCAAGGCCGCAAAGCCUGAGGAAUCCCUCCCUGAACUUCGUGGACAUCAGAUUGUACAGAAUUGGGUUGAUGGCGGAGUUCAGGUAGAACAUCACCCGGCAGAAGUAGAGCAGGGUGAAGUAACGCUCGAUACCGAAGUCGACGAUCACUUUGACUGGGACGACCAGGAUCCAAAGCGUCAGCGCUCUAAAUGGCAACAGGCACAAGAAGAAACAGAACACCACUGUGCCGAGCAUCAGCAUCACCUGUUUGCGGUAUUUGAGCAAGUUGUUCGACGAGCCGCGGCUGAUCGUCGAGUUCGUCAUUAG